UUUAGCAGAGACGUCGCUGGGAGUCUCGGAGCCGCUGCUCCCCCCUGAGCCAGCCAGGACCCGCACGGGAGGAUCUCUGCAGGCGCAGGAGUGCCAUGGCCAGCCAAUGGCGACGUUAUUCAAAAGGAGCAGAUGCCCGCAAGACGCAGAAAGAUACCUGCUGAGCGCAAAUGAGCAGAUAAUCAGCACCAUGGAGACCCAGGUGUCCAACGGCCCCACCAGUAACAGCGGCCUCCCCAACGGGCCGCCCCUGAGCGCCAACGGAGCGGCCGACGACAGCAAAACCAACCUCAUCGUCAACUACCUGCCCCAGAACAUGACGCAGGAGGAAUUCAAGAGCCUCUUCGGCAGCAUUGGGGAGAUUGAGUCCUGCAAGCUGGUCCGGGACAAGAUCACAGGGCAGAGUUUAGGUUACGGGUUCGUGAAUUACGUGGACCCGAAUGACGCGGACAAAGCGAUUAACACCCUGAACGGGCUGAAACUGCAGAUGAAAACCAUCAAGGUCUCCUACGCCCGGCCCAGCUCGGCCUCCAUCCGCGAUGCCAACCUGUACGUGAGCGGCCUGCCCAAGAGCAUGAGCCAGAAGGAGAUGGAGCAGCUCUUCUCGCAGUACGGCCGCAUCAUCACCUCCCGCAUCCUGGUGGACCAGGUCACCGGCGUCUCCCGAGGGGUGGGCUUCAUCCGCUUCGACAAGAGGAUAGAGGCGGAGGAGGCCAUCAAGGGGCUGAACGGGCAGAAGCCGCUGGGCGCCAGCGAGCCCAUCACCGUCAAGUUCGCCAACAACCCCAGCCAGAAAACCGGCCAGGCGCUGCUGAGCCACCUGUACCAGACCACGGCGCGGCGCUACACGGGGCCGCUGCACCACCAGACCCAGCGCUUCAGGCUGGACAAUUUGCUAAACAUGGCCUACGGCGUGAAGAGGUUCUCGCCCAUCACCAUCGACAGCAUGACCAGCCUGGCGGGCGUCAACCUGACGGGCGCCUCCAGCGGCGGCUGGUGCAUCUUCGUCUACAACCUGUCGCCGGAGGCGGACGAGAGCGUCCUGUGGCAGCUCUUCGGGCCCUUCGGCGCCGUCACCAACGUCAAGGUGAUCCGCGACUUCGCCACCAACAAGUGCAAGGGCUUCGGCUUCGUCACCAUGACCAACUACGAGGAGGCGGCCAUGGCCAUCGCCAGCCUCAACGGGUACCGGCUGGGCGACCGCAUCCUGCAGGUCUCCUUCAAGACCAGCAAGCAGCACAAGGCCUGAGCCUGGGCCCGAGCCAAGGGCAGGAGAGAGGAGCCGUGGCAGAGACUGGGCAGCCCCCCCCCGACACCCCGACCCGAUGGAAAGAGAGACAAGCCCCCCCCCGAACCUCCCGCCCCAUGGCAGGCACCAUCCCCCCCACCCCGUGAUGGGCACCGUCCCCCUCCCAGCCACCCCCAGCUGGCGCGCGAUGCCCCCCGUGGGGCAGCCGAAGGAAGCGAACGCCUCGCAGCCUUGGUGAGGGGGAAGAAGCCGCCGUGGGAGCCGUGACGAGACAGCGAGGGGGGUGCCGGGGUCCCACCCCCGCCCGCAGGCGAGGCAAACGUAAGCCUGACCCCCCCCGUGCUCCUCCCCCACAACUGUGCCCCACGGUGUCGCGAUAACCCCAGCGGGGGCAUGAGCGGGGACCCCCCAUUAUGCACUGAAUUCCAAUGUCCCCUCCGUUUUGGGGUGCCCCUGGCCCUCCCCCCACAUCCUGGCCCCCCUGACAGCCAUCCUGAGGUUCCCCCACACCAACUGCCCCACCCCUGUCCUGAGGGUCCCCUCCCAACAGUGUCCCCCCAUCUCUCCCCCCGGGAUUCCCCCCAACCCAAUGUUGCGGGGAGGGGAUUCCCGGCAGGGCCCCUCGCUAUGAUCAGCGAGCGCCUCUGGGCUGCAGGGGCAGAUGGGUGAGACGUUAUCGGGGGCAGGGGCUGCUAUUCCCAAUUAGUGCUGGGUGGGGGCUGGGAUGGGGAGGGGGAUGGGCUGCUGCUGUUGAGUUGCUGGGGGGAAAAUGCUCCCCUGAGCCCACUGGGGCCCCAAGCCCCCCGGCUGUGGAGCUGCCCCAGAGGCGAAGGGGGACUGGGGCUUUGAAACUUACCAGGAUCCAUCCAGGAGCACUUGGGGGGCGGGCAGAGGGAUGAGAGGCACUGGCUGGAGGCACCCCAAGAUCUGACCCCUCCCCCUCACCAUCAGAACAGGGGGUCCCAGCCUGGCUGUCGGGGAAGGGCCGUGGGGCAUGUUCUCACUGGGUCACCGCGGUGCCGUCAGCCAUUGCAAAGCCGACUGCUGCUUUCACCCGGCUGGGGCGGGCUCAGGGACGGACUCGGGGGAUCGGCGCUGGUCACUGUGCCGGGGAGCCUGGGCUCGCGUGACUCCAGCUGGGGCUUGAGACUACAGCCCCGAUCCUGGCAAGGCUGGUGUGUGUGUGGGGGGGGGGGGGGUGACUGUGUCUUUAAAAUCCAGGCAUGCGUCUCCUCCAGCCCCGACUCGACAGCCGCCGGCUUUGCCGACAGCUCGGCCCUGGCACAAGGGCCAGAUCGGCCAAAGGAUCCAGUGGGUGCCAAGCGCCAAAAACAGGGUGUUCGUAUAAGCCCCACCCACUUGGUGUGAAGCCACGCCCAUUCUAUGAAUGACACACCCACUUGGUGGGUAGGCCACGCCCACUCCGUGUGGGGCUCUGUCUCCCUCUAGUGGUGGCUGGAUCACACACAGAGGUGGAGGAGCCCACGCCGACUUGGCUAACAGAGCUGGGGGCGGGGGGGGGGGUAGCAGCCCAUGUUUACAAUGCAAGGACCUGGGUUCAGGGCCCACAGCUGAUACCCCCCCCCAUGGGCCCCCCAAACCCGCUUGGCUCCGACGGCGUCCGUGCGUCCUCCCUUUGCUCCCGGCGCCGUUCACCGCACUGCAUGCUCGUUCCCGGGGGCCGUGGGGAGAAGCCCACCCAGGGGUGGCUCACGCAUGCGUCGGCUGCUGGAAAUUCACGCGGUCCCGGAGGAGCGACUGGGCUGUUGUAUCAGAUCCUCGGGUUGACCCAUCAGAACCGCGCUCCCGGGGCCGCCACUCGCUGCAGAACGGCGCCUGGCGGGGGUUUGAUGCCAGUGGGAGUUAGGUCCGAAGCGUCAGUGCCUUGGAGGAUCUGCGGUUAGGCACCUCCCUUUAGGUGC